UUUUUUUUCCUUUCUUUUUAUUGGCUUCCAUUUGUUCACCAUGGUUGCAACUGUACUCAGCAAGGAAGAGAUGUCACGCAUGGUGCGUGGGUGCGUGCCAGAUGCAGAUGAUGCGAUCGUUGACUAUAUUGUUUCGACAUUGGGCGACGAUGAGGAUGCCAUCACAGAACUCGUUCGUCCAUUGCUUGAAGAUGCAGGCGGUGAGCCCGAGGCCAUCGAUGCUCUAUGCAGUCGUCUCGAGACCUUAUUUGCCUCACAUGCCAAGGAACAAAACAAAAACGCUAGUCAGAGUACUGGAUCAGAUGGAUUGGCUAGGCUGUUGGAGAAACCUAUCCACAUGUUGAGUCAGGACGCAGUCUCGGCCACUGGCAAGAUCGGCGCCCGUUCCGUUGAUCUAGAGUCGAUCUCCGGACGGAAGGUCUUGUCCCAAGUCGACACCCAGAAACUGGAGAAGGCAGAGGCAAAGAUCGCAGCCAAGAUGGCCAAGAGGGCUGCCCGUGUGGAGUAUGCGGCCAGUAAGUUGCUGGAUAAGAAGGAGGAGGUCGAUUUCAUGGCUGUGAACCCCAUUCUGGAUUAUACCUCCACAAAGGGCAAGAGCAAGGAUAUCAAGCUGGAGAACUUUGAUAUCUCUUUUGCAGGAAAACGUAUCUUGACAAACGCCAACCUGACUCUUGCCUUUGGUCGUCGUUAUGGUUUGGUCGGUCGUAACGGUAUUGGAAAGUCUACGUUAUUGCGUACCCUCUCCAGGAGAGAACUAAAUGUCCCUACUCACAUUAGUAUUCUUCAUGUUGAGCAGGAGAUGGUUGGAAAUGAUGUGCCUGCUAUCCAGGCUGUCUUGUCAGCGGAUCAGUGGCGUGAACAUUUGCUGGCAGAAGAAAAGAGAUUGAACGCUUUGAGUGUUGAGAUGGAAAAGGGUCAAUCCGAAGACGAUACACGAUCAAAUGAGAAUUUCGACAAGGACCGUGAAAAGGUCCUGGCGGAUCUUAAAGAUGUUUACGCAAAGUUGGAGGCCAUUGAAUCCGAUAAAGCAGAGUCUCGUGCUGCUUCCAUUUUGGCAGGUCUCGGCUUUACUCCGGAUAAGCACCAAAACCCAACGAGAAGUUUCUCUGGAGGAUGGCGCAUGCGUUUGGCUUUGGCACGUGCUCUUUUCAACAAGCCUGAUUUGCUGCUUCUGGACGAGCCUACAAACAUGUUGGAUAUUCCUGCUGUUAUUUGGUUGGAGAACUAUCUAAAGAGCUGGCCCAAUACCCUCCUUGUUGUUUCUCACGACCGAGAAUUCUUGGAUGAGGUCGCUACGGAUAUCUUACAUCAACAUUCUGAAAAGCUGGAUUACUACAAGGGCAACUUUACUCAGUUUGACACAACGAAGGAAGAACGUCGCAAGAAUCAGCUGCGUGAGUAUGAGAACCAGGUUCAGUACCGGGCGCAUUUGCAGGCGUUUAUUGACCGUUGGAGAUACAACGCCAACAGGGCAGCUCAGGCUCAGAUGAAGAUCAAGAUUCUGGAGAAGCUCCCCGAGUUGGAACCUCCAGAGAUUGAGAACUCGAUCUUCUUCAAGUUCCCGGAUCCAGAGAAGUUGGGACCACCAAUUCUUCAGAUGCAGGACUGUACAUUUGGAUACACACCAGAGAAACCUAUUUUGCAACACAUUUACCUGGACAUGCAAAUGGAUUCUCGUAUUGCAGUGGUUGGACCUAACGGAGCUGGUAAAACGACGAUGCUGAAGCUCUUGACGGGGAAGCUCGAGCCUCAGAAGGGAUUGGUUCAUCGCCAUGGUCGUCUACGAUUUGCACUGUUCAGCCAACAUCAUGUGGAUCAGCUGGAUGUGAAUGUGUCCUCGGUUGAGUUUAUGGCAAAGAACUGGCCGGGGAAGAGCGAGGAGGAAUACCGUCGCCAGUUGGCCUCGUUCGGUAUCACGGGUAUGGUAGGGUUGCAGCAAAUCUCCACACUAUCAGGAGGUCAAAAAUCAAGGGUUGCGUUCGCUUGUCUGGGUCUACAGAAUCCUCACUUCUUGAUUCUGGACGAGCCUACGAAUCACUUGGAUAUGGAUUCGAUUGAUGCUCUCACGAGUGCGUUGACGCAAUUUAAAGGAGGAGUUGUUAUUGUUUCCCACGACGAGCGGUUCAUUAAAGCGGUAUGCAAUGAGCUCUGGGUAUGUGAGGGAGGCAGUCUCAAGAAAUUCCAGGGAGAGGGUAUCAAGGAAUAUAAGGAAUAUGUUUUAUCCAAGGGCUUGUAGAUAGUAGACAUAGAUAGAUCUUUAGACACAUCACCAACUGUCAUCGGGGACACAGCUGAAUAUCUUUUUGCAUAUAUUAUUCCUUAUUUUAUUCAGAAAUUGGACUGGAGUGUAGAUGCACUAUUUUUAUACGUGUCAUGAUUGCAGAUAGGCAUUCGAAAAGAAAGAAAGAAAGAAAGAAAAGCCAGAUGCGGGCACUUUAGCCGCACCGGAG